AUGUCUCAACAAGGACCUGCCUUUGAUGUAAAUGCAAUGACUUUGACCCGUUGGGUCUUAGCUCAGCAAAGAACAGUUCCAGGGGCCACUGGGGACUUGACACAACUUCUAAAUUCAAUACAAACGGCUGUCAAGGCUAUACAAUCAGCUGUGAGGAAGGCCGGCAUCGCUAAACUUCAUGGCAUAUCUGGCAACACAAACGUGCAAGGUGAAGAGGUGAAGAAGCUGGACGUGCUCUCAAAUGACCUCUUCAUCAACAUGCUUAUAUCAUCCUUCACCACCUGCAUGCUCGUGUCUGAGGAGAACUCAACUGUUAUUGAAGUUGAAACAGAAAGGCGAGGAAAAUAUGUUGUGUGCUUCGAUCCACUAGAUGGCUCUUCCAAUAUCGACUGUUUAGUAUCUGUCGGCUCUAUCUUCGCUAUUUACAAAAAGACAUCAGCAGGCGAGCCUACUGAAUCAGAUGCUCUACGCCCCGGACGGGAGUUAGUUGCGGCAGGCUAUGCCCUUUACGGGUCAGCAACCAUGUUGGUACUAGCCAUAGGAAAGGGCAAUGGCGUCAAUGGCUUUAUGUAUGACCCCUCUAUAGGAGAAUUCAUAUUAACAGACCCAAAUAUGAGAAUACCGGAGAAGGGGAAGAUAUAUUCUAUCAAUGAAGGUUACGCGGCGGAGUGGGCAAGUGGUUUAAAAAAAUAUAUCGAAGACAGGAAAAAUCCAUCAAGUGGCAAAGCGUAUGGAGCCCGAUAUGUGGGGUCGAUGGUUGCUGACGUACAUCGGACAAUCAAAUAUGGCGGUAUUUUUAUGUACCCCGCCACAAAUUCAGCGCCAAAUGGAAAGCUCCGCCUUCUGUAUGAAUGCAACCCAAUGUCGUUUAUAGUAACAGAGGCAGGUGGGCUCGCAACAAAUGGUCAAAUAUCAAUUCUGGACAUACAGCCUUCCUCAAUUCAUCAGCGAGCACCAUGCUACCUCGGCUCCAAAAAAGACAUAGAAGAGUUAAUGAGCUAUUUACAAUAA